CACUCUCCUUAGAAGUAGGAGACGAGUAGUAGUGGGGAAAAAUAAAAAAUAUUUAUUUACAAAAUAUCCUUAAUAAAGAGUGGAUGGAGGCAUUUAGCAGGGUGAGUUUGGGGAAUUCUCUAGGGGGUCGUUUGGAUGGGCCAAUUACCCAACGAGUCAAUUUGACAAAAAGACUCAUUUGAGAAAUGAUUCAUAUUGACCCUGAGAUAUUCUGCUGAGAUUGCCUCGUUUGGUUAAGUUUCUGUAAUGUAGGCAAUUCUUCUUUGUCUUAUUUGGAGAGAAAUUGAAACUACCAAAUUGCCCUUCUUUUUUAUUAUUUUAUUCUUUUCUUCUCAUUAGUCGUGGCCCAUCUCCACCAAAAAACCCCCCAACUAUUAUCAUUCCCAUUUUGUCUCUCUCUCCCCCAUUCCACUAAACAGAACAAUCCCUAAAGUGGGAGAUUGAAGAAAAGAGAUAGAAGAAACCAUAGAAGUGCUGGUACCAGCUUUUCCAUUGUCGAUCUCCACCUUGCUGGCCGCUGGGUCCUGCAAGAAGCUAUCUUUUCUGUAAUGGCCGCCGGCUUCUUCAUCGAUGAUUUGACGGACGAAGGGGUAUACUGCGAGUGUGGAUUGGAAGCUGUAGUGAGAACUUCCAGAACUUCCGACAACCCUAAUCGCAAAUUCUGGUCUUGCUCUCUUUACCACUCAAAGAGUAAGGUCGGGUGUGACUUCUUUGCUUGGUGUGAUUUGCGAGCUAUGCAAAACAGGGAACAAAGGCUCCUGGAUUUUAUUGUCAAUUUGCAAAGCAGAGUCUGUGAACUAGAAGAAGAGAAUAAGCGGCUUGCUCAGUUGGUUGCUGUCACUCCACCAGCUCCAGCUCUUGCUUGUGAGCAGUGUAAUGAUUUCGCCACAAAGGAUCUUCAAGUGGUGAAACAAAGAUUGCUUGCAGUGGAGAGACAACUCAGUAGAGUGGUGAUUAGCUAAAUCAGUACUUGUUUAUGGCAAUCUUGUGUAGUUGUGGUAGUUCGGUUAGCGACAAUUGUGUGACUUGUGAUCUUUGAUAUGGUCACCUAAGCUGGAGAAGCUGGUUUUUGUAUAGGUGAUCCUGUAACUUGUAUUUUGACUGUUCCAGUAGCAGUUAUGUUGUACUUGCAAAACCUGUAUUGUCCAGGAACAAUGUCUCAGGAAAGCAAAUGAAAAUUGUAAAAAGAAACGAUGUUCUAGCUGUUGUAAUAACCUAUCAAAAGACCAGAGAGCUCUUUUAUACUACAAACCAUUUAUGGCAUAAACAAUGUUGGUAAGAAUUGUCUGUAUGACCAUUUAUGGCAGAAACAAUGUUUGUAAGACCAUUUAUAUAUGACAGAAACUAAGUAGUUAGAGGUAAAAGUAUAAGCUUCAAUAUAACAUUACAUUCAUCAUAGAUCAGAGGUUCCCAAUGUGCACUUUACAAUCAAGUUCUCACAAGCUGUCUUGCAAUUACUAUAUGGUACUUACAUGAGACAGCUUCAUCCUACAGCUUGGUACAUCAUGCGAACUUUACAAAAAAACAGCCUGAUUAUGGAUUUACCUCCAUCGAAGUUUACGAUCCUAGUAAGCUAACCAUAUAACUUCACAAAAUACAGGUUGUCCUACAUUUGCAUAGACUGUCAUUGAGUGUACUUCACAAUGACAGACAAAAAAAAAGGCCUCUUUGCAAACUGGACAACUACCUAAUAGCUUACAACCUAGUGGACUUACUAUACAACUACAUACAUAUUGGAAACACACCCUCAUUCAUCCUUGAGUAGAUUAAGAACAAGGGUCAGCCUGUCCUCUUCCUUCUCCAGCUCAUAGAAGCACUUCAAGUCAUCUGAAUUGUUAGAAAACUUCCUCACAGCAAUGAUAAUUUGAGCUCUAGUUAGUCCUUCCAUUUUUUCCAAGUUCUUCAGCAAUUCCUUACGCAUAAUGUUGUAGUCCUCGCUCUGCCCCAAAGCCCUUGCAAUGGUGUCCACAGACUCUCUAAUGAGGGGCCUAAGUCCACCCAAUUCUAUCGCGAUACCUAGUUCGAUCCUCUUUUAAUGGUCGGACAUCAAUAUGAGUUCCAUCUAGAGCUCCAAGACAUUUCUAACGCAACAUUGAAACAAGACUUUCAGGGGUUGAUUGACAGAAACAAAAUAAAAGAUGGAAUUUAUUGGAGAAAGAAAUCAGGGGUUGACCUUGAAAUGUUUCCACCUACUAUUGGUACAAUUGUCGGGAAUGGGAAGCGGCUUCUUCAUAAGUAAGUUGUUGAGCCUAAUAACAGCCCGCAGUACGCGGUGAAUUGUUCGAGAUAUUGUCUCUCCCGAACGACGUAAAUUCAGGCGUAAGGUUCUAUUUUUCUCGUUCUGUGAAAUAGUUCGAAGAAAGAUAUAAACCAUCUCGUCUAUAUCUACAUUCCUAGUUCUUUUCAGCCCACCUUCACUAGCAAGAAGUUCACAAAACUUUCUGAAUAAGCUACGAUUCAUCCU